GCUUCCUCUGCUACUAGGGCGGGCCGGAACUUUUGUCAGCCGGAACCGGUGAACGGCGCUCAGUGUUGUCGACCGGCGUCAAGGCGACGAGGGUGCUGUUCUCUUCCUCUGGCUGCGGUUGCUGUGGCGUUCAGUCCAGCCAGUCUGACUGAGGAGCACAGUCGCCUGGACUGUGUCUAUGGUCGCUCCGCGGGCCGCUUUGCCGGCUGGUGCUUUUGUAUCAGGGCAAGCAGUAUUCCAUGGCAGGGAACUUCUGGCAGAGCUCCCACUAUUUGCAGUGGAUUUUGGAUAAACAAGAUCUGUUGAAAGAGCGCCAGAAAGACCUAAAGUUUCUCUCAGAAGAGGAAUAUUGGAAAUUACAAAUAUUUUUUACAAAUGUUAUCCAAGCAUUAGGUGAACAUCUUAAAUUAAGGCAACAAGUUAUUGCUACUGCUACAGUCUAUUUCAAGAGAUUUUAUGCUAGGUAUUCACUGAAAAGUAUAGAUCCUGUAUUAAUGGCUCCUACAUGUGUGUUUCUGGCAUCCAAAGUAGAGGAAUUUGGUGUUGUCUCAAAUACAAGAUUGAUUGCUGCUACUACUUCUGUAUUAAAAACUAGAUUUUCAUAUGCCUUUCCAAAGGAAUUUCCUUACAGGAUGAAUCAUAUACUAGAAUGUGAAUUUUACCUCUUAGAAUUAAUGGACUGUUGCUUGAUAGUGUAUCAUCCGUAUAGACCUUUGCUCCAGUAUGUGCAGGACAUGGGCCAAGAAGACGUGUUGCUUCCGCUUGCAUGGAGGAUAGUGAAUGAUACCUACAGGACGGAUCUUUGUCUUCUGUAUCCUCCUUUCAUGAUAGCUUUAGCUUGCCUGCAUGUAGCCUGUGUUGUACAGCAGAAAGACGCUCGACAAUGGUUUGCAGAACUUUCCGUGGAUAUGGAGAAGAUUUUGGAAAUAAUCAGGGUUAUUUUAAAACUGUAUGAGCAGUGGAAGAAUUUUGAUGAGAGAAAAGAGAUGGCAACUAUUCUUAGUAAGAUGCCGAAGCCAAAGCCACCUCCAAACAGAAGCUCCCUGAGUGAUUCUCCACUAAUGGCAGGGCCUGAAGCUGCAAGAUGAUGGUGGACAAGAUAAGGCACUCUCCUAUUGUCACAGUUACUGGUAUCUUCAGCUUUAGUUAUUUUUAUUUUAAUAAUCAGCAUUUUUCCAAGAAACUACCAUAUUUUUGAUGUAUAAAGAUUUGUUGUCAUUACCAUAUGAUUUUAUUAUACCAUUGGACAACAGGUUUUUUUUUUCCUUUUUCUUUUUUUUGAAAGACACCUUGGAUUUUCCUCAAAAGUAGAAAUAGAAUUUUAUAUGUCAGAUUUACUUUUGUAGGAAGUUUGUUCAGAAGUUUUAAUCUCUAUGUUGAGUGAUACCUGUAAUAAUAAUGAAAUCCUAAAGUCUAACUUAAAUCUUUGAAUGUUUAUGGACACUAACUUCCAGACUGCUUGUUAUGUAUGAGGGCCUCAAGUUACAGAAGAAUAAAAACAUAGAACCAACUGUUAGUUUUCUGGAUUUUCAUUUUUCUACAUUUGUGUUUUAUAAUCAGGAGUGUCUGUUUUAUAGAAUUGCUUCACAGAAUAAUGAACUUCAGAAAUUAAUAGUACUAUCCUAGUAUUGAAAAAUGAAUCUUUUAAUUGGCAUAAAAUUUCUUUCUUCCCCAUUUGAACAGUGAAGGAGAGCAGGGUCCAAAUGGAAGUCAGAACUCUAGCUACAGCCAAUCUUAAAACACCCUGAAGACUCCCGUAGUGGACCACUUGGAAGUAAAGCAUUGGACAGUUUGAGUAAUGUCUUCAUUGGAAAGCAGAUGCAAACGAAUAGCUUGUUUCUGUCAAGCAUAUUGGAAAUUGACUUAAGUUUCACAAAAUAAGGGUUUUUUUCCUAACUUGAUUCUAGUGUGUAAUUUAUUAAAUAUUAAUUUAAAAAAUUAGUAAGCCUCUAAAGGAACCAACAGCCAUACACAGACAUUUCAGAGUUAACUUCUCUCUCACAUACACAUAUAUAUGUAGACACAUACUAAUACUGUUUUUUGAUUAGGAAAUUGAAGAUUUUUUUUUAAUUAAUAAUAGCUUUUUUUAAAUUAAGUCAGGAAACAUGAAAUGUCAUUUGUUCAAACUUUUCUUUGAGCAAAGAAAAAUUUUGAGGGACCAAAAAAGGACAUAAAGACUCAAUAAAACUCUCCCCAACUCAGUUAAAUUUUAAAACUGGAAUAAGAAAUUAAAUCUUAGAAAAUCCUAGGUUUUAGAAAUAAUAAUUACAAUUUGAGGGAGAUUAGUCAAGAACUUACUGAUUUUAAAAUAUAUUGUAUUCAAUACUUUUUGUAUCAUCACAGAAGAUACUGGCCCAGCCUAUCAAAAAAGUGCAAUAUAUAGAGAGAGCAUACUUUGACAUUUUAAAGGUUGUAUUGACUUACUAGCUGUUUUGAAAUUCUGAGAAACCUGAAAGAAAAGGUUAUUUGCAACUAAUUUAUAGUUAAUAAGCAUUUUAAAAGUUUAAUUUGAUUAAACGCUUACGUUAAAAUUUGAUGAAAUUUUAAUGUUUAAUCUGUCCUGAAAAUGUUUUAUGAAACAUAUACACCCAGUUUAACUUUAUGUUUUAGUGUAAGCUAACAUAUGUACAGCAGGAAUUCGGAGUCAGGAACCUAGUCAGGUUUUAGACCAGUGAGAUUCUUAAUUCUCAUGGGUGUAGACUUCAGAAUAAAUGUUACAUUUUAAAUUAAAUUUGGAACUUCAAAAAUUAACUCAUUUUCUUCAGACUUGAAGAAGAAUAAAUAAAACUUGGAGUAAUGGGAUAUUAUUGUGUAGUUUUGCACUUUUUAAAAAAUAAAUCAUGAAAAAAUAGUACUAAGUGUUGACUUCCUGGUUAAAAUUAGAAAAAUAAAAGUUAAGUUUUUCAGCUAUA